AUGGCUAACAUGACCUCAGUAUCUUCGAUAGAGAAUCAGGAAAAUGAUCAAUUACUUUUGUUUGAUAAUCCAUCAAGUCGACAGCUCGGUAUACAAUGGGAACACCAUUUUGAACAACGCAAACCCCGUACUGAUGACAAGGUGAUUCAGGCGCACCAGCUCAAGAUGAAACCAACUAAGCCAUUCUUAGGAAUGGCUAGUGGUAAAUUUCUCGGGUUCGUGGUCAUGGCUAACGGAAUUCGUUUGGACCCAGAUGAAGUCAAGGCCAUCCAAGAGCUACCACCUCCUAGGAAUCUUAAGGAGCUUCGAGGCUUACAAGGACGAUUGGCAUAUAUUCGCAGGUUCAUUAAUAACCUAUCCAGGAAAUGCCAAUCAUUCUCAAAACUAAUAAAGAAAGGAGUAUCCUUUAUGUGA